AAUUAAAGUCAGACUCACAGUUGGUAGUGUGCUCUCUUCUAGAUCGGUCAAACGAUUAAAAACAUUGUUACGAUUAAGGUUACUAUUCGUUAUAGAUUGUUAAUUUAUUAACGAUCCGAUUUAAGUAAGUUUCGUAGAAUAAUUUUAGUGACUAUUAUAUCAAUCGAUAUAAUGAGUACUUGGACACAUUUGAACGUUGUACAUGCUACUACUGCCAUAUCCAGAGAUGAUAUUGGAUUUAAUACGCGUAGAAAUUUAACAUCAAAAAUUAAGACCAUAGAAAAACUACCGGACAAGGUAAUUCUAAAUGUCUUCAGUUAUCUAUCGCAUCGAGAAAUAUGCAAGGUCGCAAGGGUUUGUAAAAAAUGGAGGCAAAUCGCGUACGACACGCGUCUUUGGAAACACGUAUCAUUGAGACCGGAAAUCAGUGGGCUCCAUGUUGGAUCACUCGAAAGUUUACUACAAUUAAUAAGCGUACGUUUUGGUGCAUCUCUAAGAUACAUCGAGUUACCGAUCGAACUUAUCACUCAUACCGUUCUCCAUGAAUUAGCAAACAAGUGUCCUAAUUUGACUCACAUGCUCCUUGAUUUUUCAACGGCCAUGCAGUUACACGAUUUCUCAGAGAUGCAAGCAUUCCCGACAAAACUUAAAUACAUGUGUAUCUGUCUUUCGGAAGUCAUAUUUAUGGAAGGUUUCAUGAGAAAGAUUUAUAAUUUCAUCAAUGGCUUGGAAAUACUUCAUUUGAUUGGAACUUACGAGAAAGUCGAGGAAGAGGAAGAAGAAAUUUACGAGGUGAUAAACGUGCACAAAUUGAAAUCGGCGACGCCGAAUUUGCGAGUGAUCAAUUUGUAUGGGAUCAAUUUCGUCGACGAUUCCCAUAUAGAUGCAUUCUCUUCGAAUUGCAUACAACUAGAGUGUCUCGCAGUGAAUUUUUGUGCCAAGGUUACAGGUUCGACCAUGAAGACGCUAUUCCAACGUAGUAGAAGAUUGAAGUGUCUAUUAAUGCAAGGAACAAAUUUGCAAAGCGAUUAUGUGAUGCAAGUCGAAUGGGAGAAAUCCAGUAUCCAAGAAUUUGAUAUAACAGCUACGGAUUUAUCAACUGAAUGUUUGAUCGACAUGUUAACCAGAAUACCUGGUCUUCGUUUCCUUAGUGCAGGUCAAUUAAAUGGUUUCAAUGAUAGCGUGUUAAAGGCAUGGGUAGAAUCUGGCAAUCCACGAAAUUUGACUGCUUUGGAUCUUGACAGUUCGGACAAUUUAACUGAUGAUGCUUUGCACAAAUUCUUGUCGAGACAUGGCCAUCAACUUUGGGGUAUUUCGUUAUCUGGAAUGCCACAUAUCACCGAUCAACUCUGGCAAAGUGUUUUACCGAUUCUCACUAAUGCCAAAAUUCUCGUAAUGGGUACCCAAGAGAGACUUGGCGUUAAUAUUCACGUGGAUCAAUUAAUGGAUGGAAUCGCUAAUAAUUGUCCAAAUUUAGAACGACUGGAGUUACGUUGGGAUCCAGAAAAUUUAAGAUUUUCCGAUAAAAGUCAAAAAGCCAUUGACAUUUUACGCGUUAAGUGUAUUAAACUCAAGUGUUUGGUUUUGAGCGAUGGAAGAUAUUACGAAAUCGUUAAAGCUAAUUUCGAACGUGCCGAUAGAUUGACGGUCGUACGAACGACAACUUGUUGCAGAGUGUCGAAUUAUUAUUUGUUACAAAAUUACAAAGAUUUGAUUUUUAAUUGAUACCAAACGUGACGUCAAACUAAUGCUUUCAUACUAAUGGAUUUUUGAAAUUAGGCGAUAUUUACGAAGAUACGAGCAACCAUCAAAUAUAUCCAGGACAAUCAAUUUUCUGUGGUUACCGAUGCGGUAUCCGAUAUAUAAUAUACCUCAUUAUUAUCGUCGGAACGAAGUAACUAGCGUUCUAGUAAUCGAUAUGAUACUAAUUAUUGCACUUCGAAUUAUUGGAAGUAAUAAUAUUCGUCAUUUAUUAGGAACAUGAAAUAAUCAAUUAAUGAUCGUGAAGAUUUUUAUAUAUAUAUAUAUAUA